AUCAAUUAAAAUUUUAUAUUUUCACGUGAAAAGUUUCUUUAGAUAAUUAUUAUCAACAUGAUGACUAACUCUUACGGAUUAAUACGUGUCUGUAGGGCAAUCCGGUGGACUUGAUCGGCCUUUUACUUCGAAAGUUGAGUAAUCGGUGUCGCUUUCUUACGCAUCUUUGAACUGUAUAAAUGUUUUAAAAUUGUUUGAUCCAGAAUGUACCACACCGGACAAUCAAGAAGGCAGGUGCCUUGACUACAGAAAAUGUAAACCUCUGCAAGAAAUAUGGCAGAUACAGUACCGUACAGCCACCGAUUUUUAUAGACGAUCAGUGUGCAGAUACCAGGGCAAUGUUACGAUCGUUUGCUGUCCGAACGAUCCAAACAAAGAGAAGAGAGAAAUUUUAAUAAAAACUGUGUAUAAGUAUAAGGCUUUGCGACCACCAUACUGUGGUUUUAGCAGCGUCUCUCAUACCAGGGUGGUCGAUGGUAAACCAGCUGAACUUGGCUGUUAAUCUAGAGGCUGGAGUACAAAGAAGUGGCACAAUGAUGUGGGCUGAUGACAUUUAUAAUUAUCAAGGAAUCACCCCUACAUUCGCUCAGAAUUUUAAUGAAACUGUCCCUUGGGAAGGAAGAACUGAUACCUUGAUAUCACGGUUUGUACAUCCUAUAUAUACGACAAAUUUUAGAACAUUAUAUAAUGAAGAACCAGAUCAUUUUAUCAUUAGUUGUAUGAUAAUACAACUUUUUCAUGAAUUCUUUUAUUAUAAAAAUAUUACUUCUAAAAUCCCCGCUUUAAGGGACCAAAUCACAUGGCUAAAAUUUUUAAUCUUUUUGAUAGAUAGUCGCUGUUGAUACUUAACCGAGUAUGGUCAUAUAGUCGGAUAAAUAAAAUUUCCAUCCUUUCAAAUAUAUAUUAUAUUCGUCAGU